AUGUUCAACAUGCGGGCUACACUAUUCAUUGUUCUGUCUCUCACAUCUCUUCUUCGAGCAAGAUAUCAAUCCGGUCAUACGACCUGUAAAGAGGUUCCGUAUGAGGGAAACAGAGGGAGCCGUUCUAUCUUUCAGCAUGAGUCGACGGGGGCUCAAAUUGAUUUUGUGACGAACUCUGGUAUUUGCGAGACGACUCCCGGCGUUAAUCAGUAUUCUGGCUAUCUAUCUGUCGGCACCGAUGAAAAUAUGUGGUUCUGGUUUUUCGAAGCUCGAAGGAAUGCCUCGUCUGCUCCUCUAGCAGCUUGGUUUAAUGGUGGUCCUGGCUGCUCGUCCAUGGUUGGCCUUUUCCAGGAGAAUGGGCCGUGUCAUUUUGUCAACGGGGCUAGUGAGCCAUCUCUCAACCCAUACAGCUGGAAUGAAUACGCCAAUAUGCUCUACAUUGACCAGCCGAUCGGGGUUGGAUUCAGUUAUGGGAACAAUCCCGUGAACUCGACUGUAAGCGCGGCACCUCUAGUCUGGAAUCUUUUGCAGGCAUUCUACGCCAAGUUUCCGGAGUAUGAAAACCGGGAUUUUGGGAUAUUUACAGAGUCGUACGGCGGUCACUAUGGGCCGGAGUUCGCGUCCUACAUCCAAAGCCAGAAUGCAGCCAUUGCAUCUGGUACUCUUGCGGGAGAAGUGAUAAAUCUCAAAGCAAUGGGAAUAAAUAACGGUUGGAUCGACGCUACAAUCCAGAAUAAAGCAUAUAUUGACUUUUCCUACAACAAUACUUACAGACCCCUUAUAACGAAGACCCAGUACGACAACUAUCUCGACGCAUACAACACUCGUUGCCUCCCAGCUCUAAAAGGAUGCAACGAUACUGUUAGCGGAGAUGCAGCUUGUAGCAACGCCCAUACAGUAUGCCUCAAUUCUAUAGUGAGACCACUAAACAAUUCUGAGGAUUUCAACGUGUAUGACAUACGAGCUCCUAGCAACGACCCUAAUCCACCCAGCACAUUUGUCACGUAUCUCAAUUCUCCAGCUGUCACGAGUGCAAUAGGUGCCAAGAGAUCAUUUAUGGCAAACUCUGAUGAUGUCUACGAUAAAUUCUCAAACUCUGGCGAUAUCCCCCGUUCAUUUAUCCCUACGCUCUCGAAUUUAGUGCAAUCUAACUUGACGACUCUUAUAUGGGCGGGCGAUGCUGAUUGGAUUUGCAAUUGGUUUGGAGUUUUAGCUGCCACCGAGUCCAUUGAGUUCUCAGGUGCUGCGGAGUUUAAGAGCAAAGAGGAGGCGGACUACACUGUUGAUGGGAAACCUGCUGGUAAAUACAAGACAGUCGACAAUUUGAGCUGGCUACGUGUUUAUGGUGCUGGCCACGAAGUUCCGUAUUACACACCUGAGUUAUCAUUGCAAGUUUUUCGGCAAUUGAUGGGCGGUAAAAGUAUUUCGAGUACAUAG